AUUGUUUUGGAAGAUGGCAAGUCAGAGCGAAUCACUGUUAUAAAAGAGAGGCCUGCAUCCUCGCAGCAUGCUUUAACGGAGUAUAAAGUGAUCAAAACUUCAAACGGCUAUACAUGGCUGGAGCUAUGUCCCCUAACUGGUAGGAAGCACCAGCUCCGAGUCCACUGUGCUGAAGUUCUCAGAACACCUAUAGUUGGCGAUUACAAGUACGGUUGGCAUGCACACAAGAAAUGGGAGCCAAUUGUAAUAGCUAAAACAGCAAAGCUCCCCAAAGAAAAACUUCCUUUUGGCCUCGACUUUGAAAGCGGAAGCAUAUCUGAGAAGCAGCCUCGCUUGCAUCUUCACUGUAGGCAAAUGAUCCUGCCAAAUAUCGCUGAAGCUGUGCAGCAUCUGGAGCCAUUAUCGACAACAAACUGUGACCUUGCAGGACUUGAUGUGCUUGACUUGGUAGCUCCACUUCCUCCAUAUAUGCUAUUGAGUUGGGACAUUCUCAGCUUUUAGCAAUUAUUAUGUUGAUUUUGACUUUGUUUGGACGGCUUUUUUAUUGCUUCUUGAAAUAACUUUCUACUACAAAUUAAAA